UUGCUUGCGCUCUACCACGCUCGUCUCAGUCUGAAACAGAACGCCAAGCGCCACCCUUAUCUCCACUCUCUCGUAUCAAAAAUGACGUGUGUACAGAAGCCAGGCCUACCGCAUAUGGAAGUGGUGUCCCGAAUUUCUGCUAUCCCUAUUGUGGAAUCGGGAAUUGGAGCUGCCGAAAAAAUAUACUUUAGAAUAAAGGAUUCAAACCCAGUUUUUCGAUGGUAUCUGACUCUUGGAGAGAAGUCAUUUUAUAUUGGAGUCCAGUUAGCGCUGCCCGCUGUCCAGAUGCUGGAGACGCCCAUACAGCAGCUCGACAAGUUGCUCUGCAAGUCGCUCGAUGUUGUGGAGAAGAGGGUGCCUUCAAUUUAUCUGCCACCGCAAGAUAUGUAUUCUGAGACCCGUCAAUACGUGCUCCGGCGUGCGGAUUCCGUGAAACAGCUCGGCACCGCGGUGCUGGACUCCCGCAUGACCGCGGUCACAGCGACUGCGCUGGAUCGCGCGCUCAGCACCGCGGAUAAGUAUGUCGACAAGUACCUCCCGCCUGACCACCGCGACGCUGCCGAUGUGGUGAUCAUAGUGACCAGCGCGGACGGCUGCGAUGAGAGUGACGGCGCAGCGGAAGAGUCGGGGCGCGCGUGUGCUGCGCACGCGGUGCAGAAGGGCGCGCGUCUGCGCAGGAAGCUGCAGCGCAGGCUCACCAGGCAGGCACUCGCCGAGGCCAAGGCCAUCAAGGAGCAGAUACACGUGCUCGCGUACGUCGCAGAACUGAUAGCGACAGACCCUGUCCUUGCGUGGAAGAAGGCUAAGGAACUGUACGCGUCGUUGAGCCAGCCGGAGCCGGAAAAUCAAGCGCGGCCCGCCACCGUGGAGGAGCUGCUCGUACUCAUGGCGCGCGAAACGGCCAGAAAAGUCGUUCACCUUGUCAACUACACGAAUCAGGAUUUACCUAAAAAUAUACGGCAAGGAAUGUCGCUAGUAUCGAAGCAUCUUUCUUCCGCUGCCGACGCACUGCUCAAGACAAUGCCGGUAGAAACUGCCUUAAAUGAGGUACGAAUCUGGCGCAGCAAACUGCAAGCCUUAUUGCAGCAAUUGCAAGACACUACCAAAAUAUAUCUGGAGCACCUAGCAACGUUCUUAGCAGGCAAUGAAGAGCGGGAAAAAAUCGCACCACGUUCUACGUACGAACAAAGAGAUGAUUUGGCUAUCAAUGGCGUGAACUAA